AUGAUAAAAAUAUUAAUAUUUUUGACAACAAUAUUAGUUUCCUAUUAAUUUAAUAUUUCAGAAUAACUAGUAAAUUAAGGUUAUUAAAAAAAAUCUUUGUACACUGGAUUUUAAGAAUUUACAAAAAAGCAUGAAGACUACAUAGAUACAAUAUUAGUAAACGGAUUUUCCAAAUCAAUCUUCGAAGAUUUUUCCUUACACAGUGAACUAUUUAACAAGAUAUUAAAAUUUACGAAAGAAGACUAAGAUAAUUUGUUAAUCUAAUGUUCAAAAGGUAAAAAGGGAGAUUUUUUAAAAUUUUUAUCAUAGCAUGUGGGGACAAUAGGACGAAAUGGAAAUGAGAAGAUAUUAUUAGAAAGCCACCAAGAUGAUUGCUUUGAAUAAAUAGAAGUAGAAUAUUAGCAAAUAAAUUCUAAAACAGUUCAACUAACAUUCAAAUCUGGAAAAAAUAAAGAAAAAGGAAAUAAAUGUAGUGAUACAUUUACAAUUGCAUCUUUAGAAAAUUACCAUGUAUUGGUGAUUGGAGAGGAAAAUUAGACUUAUAAAUGGACUUUAAAGAAUUUAUCAGAAAAAUAAAUCAACUCUAUUUUAACUUUUGGACUUAAUAUAUUCAGAACAUGUGACUCUUUUGCAAAUAUUGUCCCUGAUUUAAUUAUAACUGUAGGUCUUUUCUUUGGAGGGUUUUCUAGUAAUCCAUAUAUUCCAUUAUUUGGAUCAAAACCAGCUUUUUGGCAGGAAAUAUUGAAUCCUAUUUUUAUUAAACAUGGAACUGGAUAUUAAUGGGAAAGAAGAAAUGAUGUUUUUGUAGACUUAGAUGAAACUGAAGUAAAACCUGGAGAUUUACUUAUUAUAACAAGAAUGGACGGAUUGGAUUAAAUUAUUUAAUUGGGCACUGGAAGCAGAAGUGGACAUUCAGUAACUUUACUUGAAAUUGACGGAGAAAUGUAUGCUGUUGAAUCUUAAGAUGCCUGGUAUUGGCCUAAACGUAACAUAUAGAGAAACAAAUGGUCCGAUUGGAAAAAAUAUGCUAAAAAUGCAGGCUUUAAUGUAGCUUUAUUACCUCUCCGUGAGGAAAUAAGAGCUAAAUUUAAUAAUAAAGCGGCCUCUGAAUGGUUUAAGAAGGUAGAAGGAUUACCUUAUGGCUAUCAUAAUUUCCUUUUUGGUUGGAUAGAUACUGAAAAGGAAAGUCUUCCUGCUAUUCUUGAUAUAAAUUUCCUCUAUUCAGUUUUCUCAUUAUUAGAAAAAUUCCUUCCUAAAUUAGUAAAUACAUUCCUUGGAGAAGCCCUUAAUUAAAGACUUAAGACUAAAGAUCUUAAUUUGGGUGAAAUAUAUACUGUAAUGAGCUAAAGAAAUAUCACUCUUAGUUAACUCUUUUCAAUGCCUGAAUAAGAUUCUUGGAUUUAUAGUGAUGGAUAGUCUAUGGUUUGUUCUUCUUUUGUAGCUGCUGUUUGGAAAGCAGGAGGAAUUUUUGAAAAUCUGGAAAUUAAUGCAACUGAAUUUACUCCUAGAGAUAUUUAUUAAACUAAUUUUUUUGAUCUUAAUUAUAAAAAGCCUGCAAAGUGUUUAAAUGAUGGAUUGCCAUAUUGCUAAAUUAUGGGAAAAUUCAAAAUGGAUAUUACUAGUGAUGGAUAUAGUACUAUUGAUCCUUAUUCCCAUAUGAAUGAAAAAUGUCCCUCUGUUCCACCUUUGUAUUCAAGAACCAAAGGUUGCUGA